UAAUUUCAUCUUAACAUGUCAUCUUCACUGCAUAAUGAAAGAUACAAAAUGCUGUUAAUAUUAUCAGCUGUAGUCAUUUUACUUUCAACAAUUAAAACAGGAAAUGCUAGAACAUUGGUGGACUUACCUUUGUACAUACCUAUCAAAAGCGUUAACAUUCACGCUACUCUAACUGAUGCCCAUGGAACCAAUAAAUAUUUUAUUCAAGAAUCAAUAUCAGCUUUUCAUGCAACCAUCAAAGGCAAAAUUGUGAUCUCAGGUGAAAAGGACAACAAUACGCCAACAUCCUACAUCUAUUAUAAUACUGACCCUACUUUUAACAAGGAACGCUUGGUUAUUCACGGUACAAAUUGUUUAGUAUUUACUUACAAGAACAAUUGGGAUCAAACUUUACCUGGAAUCAACAAACCUGUAACUAAUCUGGUGCUCUUAAUGGGACCUUCAAUUUUAUACCGACUUGGCGAUUCCUCACUUGUUUGGAAAUCAGUUAGAGAUGCAAACAUAAGAGGAACCAUGAUGAAGGGGGCAACAACUGAAAUAAAUAAACUAUUGAAUAUCACUUAUUAUCACAAAAGUGAGUAG